UUUCCGGGGCUGGUGUCCACCCAGCGCGACGGCACAGCCAGGCUGGCACUCAACAUGCCAGCCGGCAAGGACAGUGUCACCAUCACUGUGCGGACGGAGCAGCCUGGGCUGCCUGGGGAUCGCCAGGCCGUGCGGACCAUGACCGCUGAAGCCUACCGCAGCCAGGCAGCCUCCGGCAACUUCCUGCACCUGGCGGUGGGAGCCAGCGAGGUGCAGCCUGGGGACAGCCUGGCUGUCAACUUCCACCUCAAGAGCAACUCCAACGCUGUCCGGGACGCCGUCAAACACUUCACCUACCUGGUCAUGAGCAGAGGUCGCAUCGUCAGCGUGGGCAGGCAGCGCCAUGAGCCUGGCCAGAGCUUGGUCACCAUGACCCUGCCUGUGACCUCCCAGCUCCUCCCCUCAUUCCGCAUCGUGGCCUACUACGUGGUGCUGCCUGGGGAGAUUGUGGCUGACUCCAUCUGGGUGGACGUCAAGGACACCUGCAUGGGCUCCCUGGUGGUGAAGGGAGCCACGGAAGGGGACAACCGCGUGCAUGAGCCGGGGACGCCGAUGAGGCUGCGCCUGGAGGGUGACCACCAGGCCCACGUCGGCUUGGUGGCCGUGGACAAGGGAGUCUUCGUCCUCAACAAGAAGAACAAACUCACCCAGGCCAAGGUCUGGAACACGGUGGAGAAGGGGGACCUGGGCUGCACCUCGGGCAGCGGCAGGGACAAUGUUGGAGUCUUCACCGACGCAGGCCUCAGCUUGGCCUCCAGCGUGAAGGUCACCACCCCCCAGCGAGCAGAGCUCCGCUGUCCCCAGGCUGCCAGGCGCCAGCGCCGCUCCCUGCUGCUCAUCGAGCACAGAAACAGCAAAGCGGCCGAGUACCCGGACAAGAGGCUGCGGAAGUGCUGCGAGGAUGGCAUGAAGGAGAACCCCAUGGGGCACAGCUGUGCCAGGCGCAGCCUCUACGUGCAGGAGGGGCAGGACUGCCUCAGAGCCUUCCUGGACUGCUGCAGCUUCAUCCAGGCCCUCCGAGACCAGCGCCAGAGAGACUUCCACCUCCAGCUGGCACGAAGCGAGGAGGAUGAAGUCUUCAUGGAGGAUGAAGGCAUAACCUCCAGGAGCCUCUUCCCCGAGAGUUGGCUGUGGCAGGUGGAGACUCUGACAGAGAAGCCCAACGAGCUGGGGAUCUCCAAGAAGACUCUGCCCAUCUACCUGAAGGACUCCAUCACCACGUGGGAGGUCCAGGCCGUCAGCCUCUCACCAACCAAGGGUCUUUGUGUGGCUGACCCCUACGAGAUCACAGUUCUGAAGGACUUCUUCAUCGACCUGCGCCUGCCCUACUCGGUGGUGAGGAACGAGCAGGUGGAGGUCAGAGCUGUGCUCUACAACUACCUGCAGGAGGACAUCACGGUGCGUGUGGAGCUGGUUCACAACCCAGCCCUCUGCAGUGCCUCCACCUCCAAGCAGCGCUACCAGCAGGUCCUCAAGGUGAGGGCUGAGUCCUCCAGAGCUGUUCCCUUUGUCAUUGUCCCUCUGCACCUGGGCCUCCACGAGGUGGAGGUCAAAGCUGCUGUCAAGUUCAAGUCCUUGGUGGAUGGAGUCAGGAAGAAGCUCAAAGUUGUGCCCGAGGGGAUGAGGUUGGAGAAGACAGUGACCAUCGUGGAGCUGGACCCCAAGAACAAAGGGAUCAAUGGUGUCCAGAAGGAGGUUGUGAAGGCUUCAGACCUCUCAGACAAGGUCCCAGACACCGAGUCGGAGACCAGGGUCAGCAUCCAAGGCAACCCCGUGGCCCUGCUGGUGGAGAAGGCCAUCAGUGGGGAGAAGCUGAAGCACCUGAUCGUGACACCCUCGGGGUGCGGGGAGCAGAACAUGAUCGGCAUGACCCCGACCGUCAUCGCCACUCACUACCUGGACAGCACCCUGCAGUGGGAGGCACUGGGCAUCGACCGCCGGGCAGAGGCCAUCGACCUCAUCAGGAAGGGCUACACCCAGCAGUUGGCCUUCCGGAAACGUGACAGCUCCUACGCUGCCUUCAUCGGACGUCCCUCCAGCACCUGGCUGACAGCCUACGUGGCCAAAGUCUUCUCCAUGGCCAUCAAGCUGAUCGACAUCGAGCCUGAGGUGGUCUGUGGGGCGGUCAAGUGGCUGACCCUGGAGAAGCAGAAGCCUGAUGGCAUCUUCAAAGAGGAUGCUCCUGUGAUCCACUCCGAGAUGGUGGGUGGCUACCAGGGCGCAGAGCCGGAGGUGUCCCUCACAGCCUUCGUCCUCAUCUCCCUGCUGGAGGCCAAGGAGGUCUGCAAGGACUACGUCAACAACCUGGGCACUGCCAUCGAGAAGGCUGCAGAGUACCUGAGCAGGAGGUACCAGAGCCUGGCCAGGCCUUACACGGUGGCCCUGACCUCCUGCGCCCUGGCCCUGGCUGGCAAGCUCCGCAGCGAGAAGCUCCUCAUGAAGUUCUCCAAGGGUGGGCAGAGCUGGGAGGAGCGCAAUGCUCGCACCUACAACGUGGAGGGCACCUCCUACGCCCUGCUGGCCCUGCUGCAGCUGGAGCGGUCGGAGCUGACAGGGCCUGUGGCUCGCUGGCUGGCCCAGCAGAACUACUACGGUGGUGGCUAUGGAUCUACUCAGGCCACCCUGCUGGUGUUCCAGGCGCUGGCUCAGUACCAGCUCCGCUCCCCGCACCACUCAGAGCUGCUCCUGGAUGUGUCUCUGCUGCUGCCCCGCAGAGCCUCAGCCAUCACCUACAGGAUCGAGAACCGCAACGCCCUGGUGGCACGGACGGCAGAGACCAAAUUCAAUGAGGACUUUGUUGUCCAUGCGGAGGGCAGUGGCCGUGGGACGAUGACAGUUGUGACAAUCUACAACGCCAAGGUCCCUGAGAGGGACCCCAAGUGUGACAGCUUCCAGCUGCAGGUCCGGCUGGAGGACGUCCAGGCAGGCAAGGAGCAGGAAGGUGUCUUCCGCUCGGUCAAGAUCAACAUCUGUGCCAGGCACCUGGGGCAGGUGGAUGCCACCAUGACCAUCCUGGACGUCUCCAUGCUCACAGGAUUCACUCCAGACGUGCAGGACCUCAGCAGGCUGGCCGAGGGGGUGGACAGAUACAUCUCCAAGUUCGAGAUCGAUAAGGACCAAUCAGAUCGCAGCAAUGUCCUCAUCUACCUGGACAAGCUCUCCCACCAGGCCGAGGAAUGUUUGUCCUUCCGUGCCCACCAGCACUUCCAGGUGGGGCUGAUCCAGCCUGCAUCUGUCACUGUCUACAGCUACUACAAGAUUGAUGAUCGCUGCACUAGGUUCUAUCAUCCAGACAAGGAGGGAGGGAAGCUGAGCAAGAUCUGCCAGGGGGAUGUCUGCCGCUGCGCUGAAGAGAACUGCUUCCAGAGGCACAAGCAGGAGCUCUCCAUCGGCGUCAACGAGAGGCUGCAGAGAGCCUGCGAGCCAGGGGUGGACUAUGUGUACAAGGUGAAGGUGGUGGCCGUGGAGCAGACUCCAUCCCAUGACAACUACCUCAUGAACAUCCUGAGUGUCAUCAAGAUGGGCACCGACGAGAACCCAGGAGGCAGCAACAGAACCUUCGUGAGCCACAAGCAGUGCCGAGAGGCUCUGAGCCUGCGGCCGGGGCAGGACUACCUCCUGUGGGGACUCGGCAGCGACCUCUGGGCCACUGGCAACAGCUUCUCCUACCUCAUUGGGAAGGACACCUGGCUGGAGGCUUGGCCCUCGGAGGUGUCCUGCCAGGACCCUGAGUUGCAGGACCUGUGCCAGGAGUUCCUUGAGUUCGAUGAGCAGAUGAAGCUCUUUGGAUGCCAGUCCUGAGCCCUGCCUGGCACCUCCUGGGCCCCUCUGGCACCUCCUGGGCCC